GUGCUUCAUCAUGGAGGACAGAGGGUACCUUGUGGCACACCCAACCCUCAUCGAUCCCAAAGGACACGCGCCAGUGGAGCAACAGCACAUUACACACAAGGAGCCUUUGGUAGCAAAUGACAUUCUGAACCACCCAAACUUCGUCAAGAAAAACCUCUGCAACAGCUUCAGUGACAGAACAGUUCAGCGGUUUUAUAAAUUUAAUACCAGCUUAGUGGGUGAUCUGACAAACCUUGUGCACGGCAGUCACUGCUCCAAAUACAGGCUGACGAGAAUCCCGGGCACCAACGCCUUCGUGGGAAUCGUCAACGAGACCUGCGAUUCACUUGCUUUCUGUGCCUGCAGUAUGGUAGACAGACUCUGCCUCAACUGCCACAGAAUGGAACAGAACGAAUGUGAGUGCCCUUGCGAGUGCCCUUUGGAGGUAAAUGAAUGUACCGGCAACCUCACGAACGCCGAAAGCAGGAAUCCGAGUUGUGAAGUUCAUCAGGAGCCAAUGACUUUCACAGCAAUUGAUCCGAGCCUGCAGGAUGCUCUCCCGCAGUGCAUUAACACUCAGUGCAAUCAGAGAACAGAGAGCGGGGAUUGCUUUGGUGUGUUGGACUGCGAGUGGUGUAUGGUAGACAGUGAUGGGAAGACCCAUCUGGAUAAGUCCUACUGUGCCCCUCAGAAGGAAUGCUUUGGUGGCAUUGUGGGAGCGAAGAGCCCUUACGUGGAUGACUUGGGAGCAAUAGGAGAUGAAGUGAUCACUCUGAACAUGAUCAAAAGUGCACCAGUCGGCCCAGUGGCUGGAGGCAUUAUGGGCUGCAUUAUGGUACUUGUCCUAGCAGUAUACGCAUAUCGUCACCAGAUACAUCGGAGGAGCCACCAGCACAUGUCACCUUUGGCUGCGCAGGAAAUGUCAGUGCGUAUGUCGAACCUGGAAAAUGAUAGGGACGAGAGGGACGAUGACAGCCAUGAAGACAGAGGAAUCAUUAGUAACACUCGAUUUAUAGCGGCGGUAAUAGAGCGGCACGCCCACAGCCCAGAACGCAGACGUCGGUACUGGGGGCGAUCAGGAACGGAGAGCGACCACGGCUACAGCACUAUGAGUCCUCAGGAAGACAGUGAAAACCCUCCAUGCAAUAAUGACCCAUUGUCGGCUGGUGUUGAUGUUGGAAACCACGAUGAAGACUUAGACCUGGACACACCACCUCAGACAGCUGCCCUGUUGAGUCACAAGUUUCACCACUACCGGUUGCACCACCCAACUCUUCACCACAGCCACCAUUUACAGGCUGCAGUCACGGUACACACUGUGGAUGCAGAAUGCUAAUGAACAACGACAAAAGAAACAUAACUUGUGAACAAUGAUCCAUGCAGCAACGGGCAGCUUUGUUUCUGUGGUUUUCACCAGGAACGAUCUAACUAACUUCCUGAGUAAACUGUUAGGCAUAAAAGCUUUACAUUUUUAUAAAUGUAAGGUUGGCUCUGAAAUGGAAGGGAAAUGUGCUUGAUGAAUGGACCUGCCAUAACAUUGAAUAAAAUGGAGCAGGAGGCACGUUAGACCUCCAGAAACAGGGACGCAAGUUUAUACAGCAGCUGAAGCUUUGGAAGCCCUGUUACGCUGAGCCAAGAGGAGAGAGGGAGCUUAAGAGAGCUAGAGAUGAUUUGGUUUCCUUAACUGGAAGAGCAGAAAUCUGUGCAGCUGAAGACUAAAAAAGUGCCAGAUAGAGGCGGGGGGGGAAGGCUGUUGGUUUCUCUGCAGUUUGUUUCGUGCGUAGAAAGCUCACUGCUCCGACAAUUGCUGUAUGGAACCUGGGACAGUGCAUCUCAAGAUUUUUAAGUAAAGGAUUAUUUUUCUACUAUUUAUUGAACUUGAAACUUUGGGGGGAGGGAGGGGAGAAAACAUGUUAGCAAUUCUCAACAACUACCACAUAUAUUCUGUGAUGGUGAAGUGGUUCUUCUGAGGAAGACGUCUGUUUCUUAUUAGCUGAUAUUCAUCCACUGCCCCACUCUGCAAAAGGGAAAAUGAAGAAGUCGUGUCUGACGUGUUUACAUUAUGAAUGCUUUCUUUUCCACAAUUGUUUUCUGUAAAUAUUACAACCUGAUUUACAUUACAGUAUUUUCUUCCUAUUUGCAGAGAAGUCCUGUACUCCAUUACUAAAAUUCUGAGAAUUCUGCCCAUAAACCUCUCCAUCUUUACCUCUUCGAUCAUCCUUAAAGGUUUCCUGUGUGGCAGUAAUAAAGAAUUUAUUUAGCAUUAGUUACCAGAUAAUUCCAAAUAAAAUCUGUGCCAUUCUUCUGUUUCCUUAGGACGCUGUCAAGAUCAGAAGUAGGGAUAAACCAGUGUUUUGUAAAACUUGGGUUACUGUGGAAGGUAUCUUUCUGAAAUCAUAAUUUUAAGCUGCUGCUGUUUGUCUGGAAUUUAACAUUGCUUUGGUAAUUCAAACAAAGAUUAAUCAAUCUGUCUACACACAGAGCAUCAUAAUUAUAAAUUAGUUUUAAAUCACAGUGUUGUAUUUUAGAUUCACAUUUUGUGAUUACAAUGAUAUAAAAACAUUCUUGCACUGUGCAUAUGAUAAACAUCCAUUUAUAUGUAGGGGUUUUUUUAAAUCACUUGUUUUAAUUAAUAUGGUACUUAAUACUGUAUUAUGUAAAAAAUUGGUUCUUAAACAGUACGGUAAAAUAACUAUAUGUGUGAUAUCAGGAUACCCCUUUAUACUAUGUAUAAAAUUAAAAUCUCUAGUGAAAUAAACUGUAUAUAAAGUAUAGA